GUGCAUUGUUUACUAGUCAAAAUUGAUCGGAUUCAAUAAUGAUAAGCUCAGUUUGCUACCUGACUGAAAAACUAAAUUAAAUAAAUUAAAAGUGCAAGUGUUUUGCCGACAUGUGAAACCAUUUGCAAAAUUGUGAAACAACGCAACCGAAUGAAAGCAAAAUCAAAUGUAUGUUAAUGAGAUUUGAUCCAUGUGUGUUAUCGAUUUAAUUUUACAAAAAACGAGAAUGUCGUGAUUAGUAUGUUGUAUGUGCUUCUAAUUCUGAAUAGUAAGAUAUUGUGCAAAAUUUGAAAUCUACUUCAGUCAUAGCGUUAUUCAUUACGAUUCUUACAAACGCAAGCCAUAGCCAUAGCCAUUGCAAUGGCCAUAUAAGGCUGAUAGAGAUUUAUAUUGGUUGAAGGUGUCAUUGGCAAAAUCAUAGACCAUUGAAGAGUGCUGCGAGUUUCAUUGAAAAAGAAAUAACAGUAAAAAGUCCAUUCUGAUCAGAAAAUUGUGUAAACAUUGUCGACAACAAAUGUGAUGCGGCCAAAAUUAUUUUCAGUUUCAUGUGAAUUCUUUUCUAUUUUCAAUUAUCUUCAAAUUUCAUUCUUUUAUCAAUAUCUUCCGUUUGUGACUUCCUCUUGUAACCAGGGACUUGAUGAUAUAUCAGUUUAGAAUGCGUACUUGAUUUUUUUUUUUUAAAUUUUGAAAAGCAAAGAUUGACCAUAGUUAUUUCCGUUGGAUAAGCAGUUAUAGUGUAAAUUAUCUGUCGAAAAUGAAGAAUGAUAUAAGUGAAAACGCAUGAAUAUCCUUCGUCCGUUGAGAAUAUGCUAAACAAAUCAAUAUAGGUUUAAAAGUGGAUUUUCACUCUAUCGCGUGGAGUUUUUCAUUUUAUUCACAAAACAUAAAAUAUUCGGAAAAAAAGAAGAGAAUUGUGUGUAUUAUACGAAAUCAUGCGAUAUAUAGGGAAAAAAGAAGAAGUGUAUAGUUUUAUUGUAGUGCAGAAGAGUCCACACGCUUCAUAUACCGACAUGCGAGUAUUUUCUUUCUGAUUAAAUCUAGUAGAAAGAGAAGCAGUUAUGCGCAAAGCCGCAACGAAUUUGAGCGCUGUGAAUAGAGAAGAAUACGUAAAUAGAACACAGGGAGAACCGUCGUUGCCGCCGCCGACAAUGACGACGACGACGACAACAACAACAACAGCAGAAGCAGCAACAGCGUGCGCUAACAAAAUGAGAGAUAGAUAAAGAGAGAGAGAGAGAGAGAGAGAGAGAGAGAGAGAGAGAGAGAGCUCAAUCCCAACACAUGCAAGAAUAUCCGUUCUUGCUGUUUCAUCGUACACAUGAGACAGACUACAAACAUCAAAAGCAAAACUUAUUCGGCAUCGAGCUAUCGCAUUCAUUAACAUUUUAGCAGCCAAACGGCUAGUGUUGAAGCAUUUUGUUGUUAUUGUUGAUUUUAAUUCGUUUCUUCUUUUUAUUUGCCUUCUGUAUUGCUGCUUGAGUUCUCGUCGUCUCAUUGCGAUCGGUUUCUUUUUUCUCAAGUUUUUCGUUUGAUUUUGGACAUUUUCCGUUUGUCGGUCAUUAUUAUUCGUGGAAGAUUUGUGCAAAAGAAGCAGAAUAUCGUAGAUUUCAAUGGAAUGUAAAAUAAGCAGCCCAUUGACAAGGAGGUAAAGUGCGAAACGAUAUUGAUACGGCAUAAACAAAUAGAUAGACGUGAACAACGACAAUUGACGGUUGACGGAAAUCAGAACAGUGGUGAACAAACGGCAAAAUAGUGUGUGAUUCCCGUUCGAAAUGGUCAUUACAAAGAUAUGUUGCAUUGGUGCUGGAUACGUGGGUGGCCCCACAUGCAGUGUUAUCGCAUUGAAGUGUCCGAACAUUCGGGUGACCGUGGUCGAUCUUAGCGUUGAACGUAUAUCACAAUGGAACUCGGACAAAUUGCCCAUUUACGAGCCUGGCUUAGAUGAUGUCGUAAAGAAGUGCCGAAACAUAAAUCUGUUCUUUUCAAAUGACAUUGAAACUGCCAUUGAUGAAGCCGAACUGAUCUUCAUUUCAGUAAACACGCCGACAAAAACGUUUGGAAAUGGGCGCGGCCGAGCUGCCGAUCUCAAGUAUGUUGAAAGUGCGGCUCGAAUGAUUGCCAAGGUUGCACGCAGCAAUAAAAUUGUGGUUGAAAAGAGUACGGUGCCGGUACGGGCCGCUGAAAGUAUUAUGCAUAUUUUGGGUGCCAACCAAAAGAUGGAUGUCAAGUAUGAGAUUUUAUCGAAUCCAGAAUUCCUCGCUGAAGGCACUGCCAUUGAUGAUUUGUUGAAUGCGGACCGUAUUUUGAUUGGUGGCGAGUGCACCGAAACUGGUUCGAACGCAAUUGAAGAAUUAUCAUGGGUUUAUCAGCACUGGAUUCCAAAAGAGAGGAUCUUAACCACAAAUACAUGGAGCUCAGAACUGUCGAAGCUUGCUGCAAAUGCAUUUUUGGCGCAACGAAUAUCAAGCAUCAACUCAUUAUCGGCUGUAUGCGAGGCAACCGGUGCCGAUGUGACCGAGGUUGCCAAAGCCGUUGGUCUUGAUUCGCGUAUUGGUUCAAAGUUUUUGCAGGCGUCCAUCGGUUUUGGAGGCAGUUGCUUUCAAAAAGACAUUCUUAAUUUAGUUUACAUAUGCGAAGGUUUGAAUUUACCAGAAGUGGCCGCCUAUUGGCAACAAGUCAUUGACAUGAAUGAAUAUCAAAAAAUGAGAUUUUCACAAAAGAUUAUCGAAUGUCUAUUCAAUACGGUGUCAGAUAAACGGAUUACGAUUUUUGGUUUUGCAUUUAAGAAGAAUACCGGUGACACUCGUGAAACGCCGGCAAUCACGGUGUGUAAAACGUUGUUGGAAGAAGGAGCCAAACUCAAUAUUUACGAUCCAAAGGUGGAUCAUCAACAAAUUCUCGAAGAUUUGACGCAUCCAAGUGUGACGGAUAGUCCAGAGUAUGUGCGAAAGGCCAUUGACAUAUUUGACAAUGCAUAUGAUGCAGUCAAAGACACGUACGCAAUUGUGUUAUGCACAGAAUGGGACGAGUUUGUGGAAUUGGACUACAGAGCCAUUUACAGUAAGAUGAUGAAACCGGCAUACAUAUUCGAUGGCCGAAAGAUACUGAAACACAAAGAAUUGCAAGAAAUCGGUUUUCAUGUGCAAACCAUAGGCAGAAAAUUGAAUCGAACCGGUUUGCUCAGGUCAUGGGCAACACAGCAAUAACAUCAAACGAGUCAAAUUUAAACAAAGAAACAAAAGUAACAGCAUCAAACCGCAUCAUUUCUCUAAAAGUAUUACCUUAAACAGUUUACAUCGACACAAACACAAAGAGCAAUGCGAGAGACAAACGAAUUGCAAUCUGUUAACAGUAUAGAAGGCAACCGGGGACUCUUUAGAAAUAUAGGUCUUUAUCAUAUUAUACAAUUGUUUAAAAUUCAUUGAAUUAUCUGGUACAUUCGAAUUGAAACAUAAGAAUCUGCGCCUGUAACGCAUAUGCCGUGCAGGUGCUUCGUAUUAAUUUAACUUCGAUUUGUUUUGAUAAGUAGAGGAAAAUUGAUAUUGAAUAUUGUCACAUUUUUUAAUUAAAUAACCACAGAACAAAACUUUUAAUGAUAUUAAAGUAACGUGUCACAAAAAUCUCAUUGAUCAAUAUCGUUGUGUCGCAUUUUGCAAACACACACACACACACACACAAACACAUCAAAAUUAAACUUAUCAAACUUAAUUCUAUUUAUAUCGACUCUUCCUUUUUCAUGUGGGACUAUGUAAUGACUUCUGUUUAUUCUUCUGUUCCGUCAAUAACACAUGUGCGGAAGCCAAACUCUCUGAGACAAUAAUAAACAGAUUGAAAAAAAAAGAAUACAAUUCCUAUGUUAAUCGGAGCCGAUGUCAUAAAAUAAAUGAAUGAGCAAUUGAAGGGGAAGCAUAUUAAUUAGAAACAAAUUAACAUAUUGAGAAACUCGAAACAAAAAUUGUGUAACUUAUUUUCUAUUCUCACUCGGAGAAAUAAAACGAAAUUUAUUGUAACUUUAAUAAUCUCUAUAUUUUUUCAACUGAAACCAUUUGUGAUUCGAUACAAAGUUUGUAUUACAAACAUUUAAACUAGUUCGAUCGAUUCAAACAAUAUUUAUAUGAAAACUUUAAAUAAAUUUAUAAUUCAUUAAAA